AGGGAAAGCCGUAUGAGGCAAGGAGGCGGAGGAGGGCGAGCGUCUCAGUUGGCUUGGACGGGGGUCUUUUCCAGACCAUGGCCUCCUCCUCCACCGGUGAGGACGUAAUAACCAGCAAGGAGAACCGGGAGGAGAAUAUCGGCAUGAACUUGAUGGAGUUUUCGGAUGAAAUCCUCUUGCACAUCUUGCGAUACACUCCCGUGUCGGAUCUUGUCUUGAACGUCCGAAGCGUCUGUCGGAAACUUUCCGCCCUUAGUCUUGACAAAAGCCUCACUCACACCGUGAUCCUGCAUAAAGAUUACCAGGUGGACAAAGACAAAGUGAAACAGCUGAUGAAGGAGAUUGGAAAAGAGAUUCACGAGCUGGACAUGACCGGCUGUUACUGGUUGCCUGGCUCGACCGUCGAUCAGGUGACCCGCUGCAAGAACCUGGUGAAGCUGAACCUCUCCGGCUGCCACCUCACCUCCCUCCGCCUUUCGAGGAUGCUCUCGGCCCUGCAGCACCUCCGCUCGUUGGCCAUCGACGUGAACCCCGGGUUCGACGCCUCCCACCUGAGCAGCGAGUGUAAGGCCACCCUGAGCCGAGUGCUGGAGUUGAAGCAGACCCUCUACACGCCCUCCUACGGGGUGGUCCCCUGCUGCACCAGCCUGGAGAAGCUGCUGCUAUACUUUGAGAUCCUCGAUCGGUCCCGGGAGGGGCUGAUCAUCUCCGGACAGCUGAUGGUAGGGGAGAGCAACGUGCCCCAUUACCAGAACCUACGGGUCUUUUACGCCAGGUUAGCGCCUGGCCCGGUCAACCAGGAAGUGGUGAGGCUGUACUUGGCCGUGCUGAGUGACCGGACGCCCGAAAAGCUCCACGCUUUCCUCAUCUCUGCCCCGGGUGGCUUUGCUCAGAGCUGCGCCGUUAAAAACCUCUUGGAUUCCAUGGCCAGGAACGUGACGCUGGACGCCCUUCAGCUGCCUCGCUCCUGGAUGAACGGCUCCAGCCUCCUGCAGCACCUGAAGUUCAGCAACCCUUUCUACUUCAGCUUCAGCCGCUGCAGUUUGUCCGGCGGGCAGCUGGUCCAGCGGGUGCUGAACAGCGGCAGGGACUUGGGGGGCUUGGUGGGCUUGAACCUGAGUGGCUGCGUCCACUGCCUGUCCCCCGAUUCCCUGCUGCGGAAAGCGGAGGACGACAUCGACAGCGGGAUCGCCGAAACCUUGGUGGACACCUGCCGCAACCUGAAGCAUCUCAACCUCUCCGCCGCUCACCACCACAGCCCGGAAGGCCUGGGGAAGCACCUGUGCCAGGUCCUGGCGCGCCUGAGGGGCCUCCUCUCGCUGGCGUUGCCGGUUUGCGCUGUGGCCGAUGGAGCCGCCGCCCUGCUGACGGCCGACAAGCCUUCGGUGCAGCCCGUGGCUCACUCGGUCUCUCAAGGCCUUGGGAAGAAGGUCCGGAUCGGAGUGCAGGCGUAUCCCAGGAACUGCUUGGAGCAGAGCGUCCCCAGGCCGCCCGCCUCCGUCUUUUGGACUCUCUUGGAGAACCUCCCGUUUCUGGAAAAGCUGGAGCUGAUCGGCUCCAGUUUUUCCUCCGCCAUGCCCCGCAACGAGCCGGCCAUCCGGAACUCCCUGCCUCCCUGCAGCCGGGCGCAGCAUAUCGGGGACGCUGAGGUGGCUGCCAUUGGCCAGCUGGCCUUCCUGCAAAGCCUCACCUUGGCCCAGUUGCCCAAUAUGCUCACGGGCUACGGGCUCGUAAACAUUGGGGUGCAGUGCCAGCGCCUGCGGGUGCUCUCCUUGGCCAACCUGGGCCUGAUGGGGAAAGUGAUGUACGUCUCGGCUCUGGUGGACAUGCUGAAGCACUGCAGGUGCCUGCAAGAUCUCAGGCUCGAACAGCCCUACUUCCACGCCAACGCCCAGUUCUUCCACGCCCUGAGCUUCUGCUCUUCCCUGCAGCGGCUCUGCGUCAUCUCCCGGAGCGGGACGCUGCAGCCCGACGCCGUGACGUCCUUCAUGGCCGCCUGCCGCAAAGUGAUCAUGUGUCACAUCUUCGUAGGGGAGUCGCUCACCCUCUGCAAAAGCCUGCAGCAGACCCUCAUCCGGAGUUUCCAGGCGGAGCGCCCGGCCCUCAACGUGGUGGUGUUCCCUCUCCUUCACGAAGACCUCACCGAGGUCAUCCGGGACGUCCCCAUGAUGCACCUGGACGAGAUCACCUUGUUCAAAAGCCGAGUGGCCGAGGAGCCGCCGAAUUUGUGGUGGUGACGGGCGAAGCGCAACCUGGAUUAUGGACCUGGAAGCCGGUCGCUUUUCUCCUCCUCAGUCGAGAGUCGCUGCUUUUGGAGCCUCGUGGCCAUUGUGGGAACGCUGUUCUGUUCUCGAUGCUGCUCCAAGGAUCCCACUUGGGCAAAAUUU